AUGGCGGGACCACUGCCGCAGCUGGCACCCGCCAGGCUGCUCUAUUCCUCUUGUUCCUUGGAGAAGACUCUGCAGUGCAGCUGUUCCUUCCAUGGGAUCCCCACACCCUCCGUGCAGUGGUGGAUGGGAGGUACUCCUGUGGGUGUGAACAACACAGAUGGCAGCCUCCAGGUGACUUCCACAAUAAUUGCCCCCUGGGCCAACAGCACCAUCAGCCUGACAGAGCAGCCAAGAAUGAGCACGAGGCUUCUCUGUAAGGGGAAGAACAAAAAUGGAACCCAUGCUUUGAGCAUCCUGCUGAUACCAAGAGAGAGGUCUUCGCCGGGCAAGACUUUCAUUAAUGGGCUGAUCCAGGGCCUUGUCUAUGGAGCCAUUGCAACUGCACUGCUAUUCCUCUGCUUCACCCCACUCAUCAUGAAAUAUAUCAGAAUGAAGCUGUCAAAGAAAGUUGCAGCGGUCAAAGCAACAAACAACCCUAAAGUCAGAGCAAGCCAAGAAGCCAAGAUGCCUCUGAAGCCUCAAGAGCCAGAAAAAUCCACAGUCAGCCCAUCUUCAGAGAAGCAGAUAUUGGUGGUUCACAGAUUCCACAGAAAUAGGAGCAUCCACUUCGUGCCAGAUAAUGAGGUGAACAAGCCAGACACUGGCCCUGCCUCCAUGAAGCUCGUGGUCUACACAGCACCCACAAGACUGCUCAAUUCCUCUUGUUCCUUGGAGAAGACUCUGCAGUGCAGCUGUUCUUUUCAUGGGCUCCCCACACCCUCUAUGGAGUGGUUGUUGGAAGGUGUCCCUGUGAGUGUGAACAACACAGAUAAGGUCCUCCAGGUGACUUCCACCAUAUCUGGCGCCUGGAACAACAGCACCAUCAGCCUCAUCGGGGAGCCAGACAUACUCAUGAGUCUCCGCUGUGAGGGGAGGAACCAAUAUGGAAUCCAUGCUGCACGUAUCUUCCUCCUACCAGAUAAGCAUUCAGAUUCCAAUGUGUUGGUGAAAGGGCUGACCCAGGGCAUUGUGUAUGGAUCCAUUAUCUCCACACUGUUCUUCUUCUUCCUUGUCCUCCUCACGUGA